GGCCCACUCCAAGAUGGGUAAAACACCACGCCUAUUGUUUCUCCUUCAUUUAAAUACGCCGUUCCUUACAAAUGGCGAUACACCAGCCAGCACCCUUUUCUUUGUCCAGAAUCACCAUUAAAAAACACUCUCCCCCUCUCUGAGCCAGCAUAAUAUACGCUUGACAUCUUCACAUUAUACUCGCAUUCACACACCUAUCACAAAGACAACCAACCCAGCCCUACGCAAACUACUGCUUGUUUUAUAUGCCAGCCAAAGCAAAACUAGGGUUAUAAUGAAUUCCCCAGAUUUGUACACACAAGAGCACCACAGCAACAGAACAUGUGGCCCGACACUGACGGACCUGCUCCAGACAGAAAACCACAGAGCCCCUUCUGGCAUCAUGCAUACGCUGCCGGCUGCCUCCCCGCAGCAGCUCAUCCAGGAAUCGGCCCGCCAGCACACCCCGACGUCACUACGUUCAUCCCCAUCCCUAGCUACAUCACUGCCGACCCCCACAAAGAGAUCUGGCCCUUCCUUCCCAUCGAGGACCAUUGACGAGAUCAUAGCCCAUGAGAACGAGUUGCGGGCGCAGCAAGCAGCGCGGGAAAAGGCAAGGCUUGAGGAGCUUGUACGCCUCGAAAUAGAAGGUCCAACAAGGCCCUGGGCAGGAGGUAAGCGGCGCCGCUACACCAAUCCUACUCCUGAACAGCGCGCGUGGCGGAGGCAGCAAGAACUCGAGAAAAAGAAGCGCAAAUACCGCAACCGCUGCAAGGCAUGGACGUACGAGGAGCGCGAGGAGCGCAGGCAGAUACGCCGUGAGCGUGCGCGGCUGAAACGCAAGACGGAGACACCCGAGGAGGCCGAAGACCGGCGCGAGUACAACCGGGUGCGUAUGGCGGGGGUCCGGCGGAGGGAGCGCGAGCGCAAGGUUCUCAAAGACUUCUGUCAGCGACUCCGGCGCCAGCAGCACAACAUCCGCUGUCUGGCGGUCAAGCGAGCAAGCAAUACUGUCGAUAGCUCAGCCUUGCACUUGGACAGCUCUGCUGCACAUGAGGAGGUGAACGACACAAUAGAGGCGCUGAUGCAGUGGGCAGCCAGCGGGCUCCAGGUUCCCGAGGAGUUGGCGCCUGCCCAGUCACUCUCGCAAAUCGCAGUGUCCGAGCAAACUGCGCUUGAAUCCGCGUGCGUCAUGAGCCCUCUACCCGGAGAUCCGAUUGAUGUGACCUCCACGCUUUUGCUACCCAGCAAGCCAAUGCCGGACACCGCGCUGCUUGAUCAUGAAGCAGCGCUGGGCAGUGACGAAGAGAUAGGCUCGUUAUUUGGAGACCGCAGCAGCGGAGACGAGGUCAGCUCGCUGUUUGGCGGCGCCAGUGGAAAUGGCGAAUCGGAAACUACCGCAGGACAGCAUGCAGGCGCCGGCAGAGGGCUAGCCAGUGUUUCGGAUCUGCAGGCUGGCGCGGCCAGUUUGCUGCUGCCUACGAAUGGUACCGCCUCAGUUGUAACUGCAGAAGAACUGAGGCGCGCGGCUAACAAAUUCAACAAAGUACAGGCCGCUGCAGAUGCUGCUGCAGAUGCUGCUGCUGAAGCGACAGCACAGGCUCAGCGGCAGCAGGGUAUCGAGAACACUGUGGACAGCCUGCUCAGGGCUGCUGCUGACGCCGCCGAGGAGGAUUCAAGGACACCGGAAGAUCCUGGGCAGCCUCUGAUGGAUAAGUUGAAUGCGGUCGUCAAAGCAAUAGCUGAAGCAGACGAAGCACCACCCACGACUGCAUCCGAUGACCCGCGGUCGUAUCUCGCGGGAGUUACUGAGAUUAAUACAGCCCUGACAGCCGUCGAAGUCUUGGACGGUGCUAUUGCACGAGGCGACACGGUGCCCAUCAACCUUGAUGCCCUUGAGGAUGUUGUGCUCAAGAUCGAGGCCCUGGUUGUGAUGAUCACGCUUCUUGGAAAAGACACCACUAAGGAGUCUGGCACGGGGCCAGCAGCAGCAACAACAACAGCAGCGACUGAAGCUGCGGCAGUAAAAGCGGUGGUGGCAGCAGCAGCAAGUCAACCUGCCCAGCUGCCAAAUCUGCAGCAUAUUCGGAAACGCCCGUCAUCUGAUAUGCGCGUCGUGCAGCACGACGGCAUGGCAUCGCCAUUGUCUGUCUCCAGCCAGUGCCCGCUGACGCCGCGACCAGGCUCAGUUGUGUCAGUGGGGGCGUUGAGCGACUCACCAUGGAGCCGUGACAUCGCUGUCCCACGCUCCAGGCAAACUGGUGCCGUGCCAUCGCAAAACAUCGAGGCUAUCAUGUUCUCCCCACUGAUGCCCAGCAAGGAGCUGUGCGUAUUGCCGUUCGACCAGCAGUUUGUUCACUGUGUUCCGUCGCAUCCAGCCUCCAUAGCGGUCAGAGCACUCACUGCGCCAAACCGAGGGUUUGCCAUGCCGCCACAGAAACACGUCGUGCCAUCGCAACAAUACGGUAUGCCGCCUCGGGCAUACACUGUGCCUGAACACCCGUAUGGUGUACCUUUACCAGCCUUCUACACCCAGUUGCCACAUCACCAGGGGUCACAGCGCGUCCCCUCAGCGCAACCACGUAUGCAGGUCCAUUUUAGGGGCAGCCCGGCCUAUGCUGCACGCGGCAGAAUCAUCAUGAAGGAGCUUGAGCGCAGUGGUAAGGAGCGGCUGGCUAAGGAAGCUGAGGCCAAGGCUGCUGAGAAGGCUGCCAAGGCUGAGGUGUAUGCGAAAAUUGCUGCUGCUCAGCUGCGCAAAAGCAGAGCCCGUGCCAGCGAGUCUGCUGCACAGCCGCCAAGUUCUCAGGCUACUACCGGCGUGGAUAUGCCCAGGACCUGUGUUCCCAGUGUAGCGUCGGUUGCUCAGGUUAGCGGCACUCAUAGCUGACUACAGCGCCCUUUUGUAUAUCAUCUGUCCAUUCCUGCAUUCUACAGCCCAGCAGCCCGGCUGAAUGGCUCCACGCCAUUGCCAACCACACGCGCUCCGAUCUAACCAGCGUACCUUGCCAAGGUCUUUAUCGAAAG